UGUGAAAGCGUGCGCGCCGCCCCGAGAGGAAGAGCCACACGCGUGAUGUGUGGGACAUAAUGGUGGAUAGGUAAGGACGAUACGAGUUGUUUAUCAGCUGUUGCCAUAUUUUCCAGUUGUUGUCUUGGACCCAUCGGCUCGAGAGCCGCCCGCUGCCACUUCCCGCUCGGACAGAACGACGCUCAGGACUGCAUCAAAAUGCCAAACAUCAAAAUAUUUAGCGGUAGCUCACAUCCGGACCUAUCUCAGAAAAUAGCAGACCGCCUGGGUCUGGAGCUGGGGAAGGUUGUUACGAAGAAAUUUAGCAACCAAGAAACAUGUGUGGAAAUAGGGGAGAGCGUCCGUGGGGAAGAUGUAUAUAUAGUGCAGAGUGGCUGUGGGGAGAUCAAUGACAAUUUGAUGGAGCUGCUGAUCAUGAUCAACGCCUGCAAGAUCGCCUCUGCCUCCAGGGUCACGGCUGUCAUCCCCUGCUUUCCGUAUGCCCGGCAAGACAAGAAGGACAAGGUGGGGAGCCGUGCUCCUAUCUCUGCCAAGUUGGUUGCCAACAUGCUGUCGGUGUCAGGCGCUGACCAUAUCAUCACUAUGGACUUGCAUGCCUCACAGAUACAGGGGUUCUUUGAUAUUCCUGUGGAUAACUUGUAUGCAGAGCCAGCCGUGCUGAAAUGGAUCAAGGAGAACAUCCCUGAAUGGAAAAACUGUACUAUUGUGUCACCUGACGCCGGAGGAGCCAAGAGGGUCACCUCAAUAGCAGACAGACUGAAUGUGGAUUUUGCCCUUAUUCACAAGGAGAGGAAAAAGGCAAAUGAGGUGGACCGCAUGGUUCUCGUUGGAGACGUGACAGAUCGGGUCGCCAUUCUAGUAGAUGACAUGGCCGACACGUGUGGCACCAUCUGUCACGCUGCUGACAAGCUGAUUUCGGCUGGUGCCACCAAGGUGUAUGCCAUCCUAACCCAUGGCAUCUUCUCCGGCCCAGCUAUCUCACGCAUCAACAAUGCAUGCUUUGAAGCUGUGGUGGUCACCAAUACAAUCCCUCAGGAAGAGAAGAUGAAGCAUUGUCCCAAAAUACAGGUUAUUGACAUCUCCAUGAUUCUCGCUGAGUCCAUCCGUAGAACUCACAACGGCGAGUCUGUGUCGUACCUGUUCAGCCACGUCCCCUUGUAACAAAUGAUGGCUCCCAUCUAACUGUGUGUUGUUCCACCAAAUAAGAGAAGAGGGAAUUCCCUAACCCAAACAUAGCAACGUUUUCUGCUAACUUACCAUGAAAGAAAACUGAUAUCAUGUCUGUUACUAACGCUGACCCCGUCACCCCCUUGAGCUGUUUAUCUUCAUGUCUGGCACCAAAUCAAUCGCAAGCAGCUAGGCCAGAAUAUUUAUUGUACUUGGAUGAUUAAGUGUUUAUCCACUGUGAACUUUGUCCCCUCUUUCAUACAACUGAGGAACAGAGUUUCUUCUGACCAAUUCACUUCUCCAGAAGUCAUUUCAAUCUAGUCUAAAGAGCUUGUGGUUGUCAGGAGAAGCAUCUGCUAUAUAAAACUGUUACAGUGCUUUCUGUUACAAUGACUUGAGUGUAGUUUUUAAUGUUGCUCCUGUGUCCUCUGCCGUUUGGACGAUGAUAAUUCAUGAAGUGAAUGUGUAGUGAAGUAGUUAACAGUGAAGCUCCACUCAACCAAGAGUGCCUCAACAGUCUGAAAUUGAAUGCAUUUUUCCUCCAGCCUUCUCCUUUCCCCACCCUUUUUUAGCUGUGCUUAUUUUUCUCCCCCAACGACUCAUUUUGACAUCUCAUCGGGCUGUAAAGAUGUUCUGGGAUGUUUUGUUUUUUACUCUUGAGGUGCACUCCAUUGAGUGGGGUUUGUCCAGGGUUUACCCGUCGAGGUUCGGCGUUGAAGGUCUUUCUAUAAAGAAGCUCUCUGGUUUUUAGUUUAGGGUCUCUGCAGGCUGGAGCUCAGAAAUGUUUACCUGCUUUUAUUUUUUUUAUGUCUGGAGGAAGGAUUUGUCGAUGUGCAUAUUCAAAACCUUAGCGUUUACUUUUUCAAUAAGGUGAAUUCUUGGUUGGCAUCUAAGGAUGAGUUCUUAAUAAAAUGAUUUGUAACCUUAAA